AAGUUGCGUUGCAACUUAUGCGGCCACCUGUUCAAGGGGGGAUCGUCGAAGGCCGCGCGCCAUUUCACGCAGUCGAAGUACUGCAAGGCUGGGGGGAUGAGAGUUCUCGCGAAACUCUGGAACGACACGGACUACACAUUCGUCCCGUCCACUGCUCAGCGGGUGCAGAGGUGGAUGGCGGACGAGGGGAUACGGGACACGAGAGCGCCCGCGGGUGGCCAGCCACAGCGGACGGACGACGGAGAGAGGGACGACAUUCAGGACGCCCUCGAUGAGGAGGAGGGCUGCGAGGGUGGGGCCAGGGAGGGGGUGGUGGGAGACGAGGCAAAUGAGGCAGUCGGAGAGCCUGACUUGCCAGGGGAGGAGGUGAUGAUGACGUCGAGAGGCGUGGGUCAAGCGGGUCCCGUUCCGAGGGCACCACAACCUGAGUUGGAGCGCGCGAGGAGGGAGAAGAGGACAGUGGGGCAGGCUGACAUCGAGGUGCACGACACGGGCAGGGAGAAGAGGGUUCGACAGACGACGAUUGACGAGAUGUACGCCAAGGAGAAGUUGAGGGCGAAGGUGGCGACGAUGGUGAGCGAGGUGCGCGUCGUUUUCCGACACAACGGUGCCACCAUCCUCACCGACGGGAGGAAGUCGCGUAGCGGCAAGCUGCUCGUGAACUUCCUCGCAGGGGGCGCCGACGGCGCCCUGCUCUACGCCACCGUCGCACGCGACGGGUCGGUCCGAGACACCGCGGACAUCGUGUACCGUAGGUGGCGGGCCAUCAUCUUGUCCUUUCCUGCAAAGGACGUGAUCGGCUUCUGCACUGAUUCCGCCAGCCGACGAGACGCAUUGAAGAGCAUGUUGCACGGGGAUGCUUGGGCACGCAUCCCGUGGGAGCGCAGGCAUGUAUCGCAGGCGCAGUGGGUGCAGCAGCAGAUCCGGGACGCGAAGUUUUGGCGUUGUGUCCAUUACGCCCUCCUUAUCAUGUCGCCCGUCCACCAGCUGUUGCGCAGGAUGGAUAGAGGGGGGAUGAUGAUGUCUGUCGUUUACGAGUGGAGUCAGCAUGUGCUGCAGUUGAUGAGGAGGGUCGACGUGCCAGAGGACAUGAUCGAGGCGUGCAUGCGUGAGGUUGUCAUCCGCAACCUCCACAUACUGGAGCCCGCACAUGCCGCAGCCCACCUCCUCAACCCUUGUCGACGGUCCCUCACGUAUUACGAGUCGUUACGGACGACCGCCAACGACGCCCGUGUGGUCGAGGAGUGCGACAGAUUUCUCCUGGCGCAGACCGGCGGCGAUACGGUCGGCAGACUGUACAGGACCGUGAGGGACCAGAUGAGGGCCUUCCACUCGAGGCGAGGGGAUUGGGGAGAUCGGUCCCCCUCCGAUGCCGAGGCGGACGAUUGCAGGGGGAACCGCGAGACCGAGCGAUGUGCAACGUGGUGGUUUGACCAUGGACGGGCCCACCCGGAGUUGCGCACCAUUGCCAUCCGUGUCAUGCACUUGUGGACGUCUGCCUCUCCAGCGGAGAGGAACAGGGCGCAACACGAGCGCAUCAACACGGCGAGGCGCGCCAAGCUUGGGUUUGCCAAGCUUGCACAGCUGGUUGAGAUUGCCACCAAUCUCAAACUGGCUUCGUGCGCCAUGGGUUACGUGUUGCCAUGGGUUAUGGGGACCAGUCGGGAGGGGACAGCGGCGGAGGACGAGGAUGAGGAGGGAGACGUGGAGCCCGAGGUGUGGGGAGCGCGACCUGUUGGUAGUGUUCUAGAGGUGGAGAUCCAGCGGCAGAUUGUCGCUUUCCAUGACAGCCGACCGUCCAGAGCCCAUUCGGUUCGGGACGUGUUCGGCAUGAGGGCGACGGAGCUGCGACCGUGGCCAGGGGGUGGGGAUGAUGCGGACGCUGAUGCGGACGCUGAUGCGGCAGACGACGACAUCGACGACAAGUGGACAGACGAUGAUGACACACCACUGAGUGGCGACCCGACGACUGAGCGGGUGUACUUCUCUUACGGUGGGGGACGAGACGGCGUGGAUUCAUUCACAUUAGUUAUCACUGUUGAUGUGUUGUCGACCGCACAGGCGAGUGGCAGCCGCAGAGCCACUGGUGGUCAUGGAGGACGUUCGCGUGCGGAGGGGGAGUUCAAUGAUGAGGGACAGGAUGCCGCCGCGGGUGGUGGGUCAGGUGGUGGACGACGCAACAACGGGGAGACCGCGGGUGAUGAGGGGCAGGAUGUUGUCGUGGGCGGUGGGUCCGCUAGUGGGGGCCGUGGCGACAGCGAGACCACGGGUGAUGAGGGACAGGGUGCCGCCGUGUGUGGCAGAGGAGAGGGUGGACGCGGUGGAGAUGGGGAUACCGCGGGUGUCGGGGGAGACGAUGGACCAGACGGAGAUGAUGACGACGACCACGGUCCCGAGGACGAUGCGUAUAGGCUCGCCUUGGUGUUGAGGGACCCCACAGUACCUCCCUUGCGCCCUGACGACACAGCGCACACUUUUUUCGACGUCGACGCUUUGGCGCAAGUGUUGAUGGAUGACCCUUUCGCACACAUGAGCCGCAAGAGCGGCAAGAGGCGGGCCCCUGGGAGGGUAUAUUCACCGUUGCCGUUCGUGGUGGAGAGCCCUCACUGGUCGGGUUCGUCGCUCAGCGGCGUGAGAGGGAGGGAGUCGGGAGCGGGUGAGGUGGGGUCCGGCAAACGCAGCGACGGCGGCAGAGACAGUGCAGGAUCGAUGUCUCCACCGCCUGCACGGACUCCGGAGGCCGGGGUCGACGCCGGGGACCAGACGGCGGCACCUGGAGUUGCGCACAGUGGCGGUUCCCUGCCGACAGUCCGAGGUGGUGUGGGUGGCGGAUGGUCAGCUGUUCGUCGGGUCGGGGACCGGUUAUGGGCGGAUUACGACGCCGGGAGGGGCGUCUUCACGGGACGUACGCCAGUUCAGACGCAUGCUGUGGAGGGUGGGUCCGGACGUCCGAGCCUGCGGAUGGCAGGCCGCAUGCUCGGUUUGUCACGAGCGGAGACGAGGAGAUCAUUGGUCCUCAAGGCCACAGGGACAUCCACGGACAUGCUGCGGGGAGAGCAGUUCACAUCGGGCGAGGAGGGGUUGUUCAUGCGUCCCGGGACGAGACGACAGUGUGGCCUCUCGGAGGUUGAGGCUCGACUCGCGGCAGGGGUCGCCGUUGGCCAGGCAGCAUUGGACGCGAUUCAGAGGGAGAGAGUGAUGUGGAUUGCUGCACGGGCGAUGGAGGACGAGGACGCAGACACAGAGUCCGAGCCGAUCGAGACUGCGGCUCGCAAACACAGGGCACAGGUGGCCGCGACAUCCGUUGCAGCACAGGCGGCAUACCUCAGCGGAGCACGGGGCACGGGUGCCGGAGGGAGAGGAGGGCGACGGGGAGGACCGCAUGGCUGCCCGUCCUCUGGGAGAGGCUGCGCGCGCUCUAGAAAGAGAUGACGACUUCCGUGGUAUUUUUUUUUUCUCAUUAGUUUUUUUUGUUUUUUGUGUGGCUGUACAGCCUGGACACUC